AGUAGUGGAGAAAGUAAUGAUAGUAUAACAUAUAGUGAUGUAACCACAACACUUGCAUCGAACAAAGAACAGCGAAUUCCACAAAUUAGUCGAACUUUAGGAGAAAAUGAAAAUAGAAGUGAAACAUCAACGACAUCAUCACAAUUACAUAAAACAGUAGUACAAAUGACAAAUUCAUGUUGUUGUGCACAACGUUUUCCUGUUAUACGUCUUGGCGAAGGAAAAUAUCGAAUUGGUGAAAGUGGAACAGUUAUUUUUAUUCGAAUUCUUAGAUAUCAUGUUAUGGUUCGUGUUGGUGGUGGUUGGGAUACUCUUGAGAAUUAUCUUAACAAGCAUGAUCCAUGUCGACGUCCAGGAAGUCAUCGUCGAUUAGAACUUAAUGAUCAUCAUACAAAUAUCCCAAUUCUAGCUAUACCAACUAAUACUGUAUCAUCUAGUUUUCCAAAAGUAACUCCCUAUGGUAAAUCAGUAACUAUAAAAACAGAAGAAUUUCCAUUAUCGAAACCUACAAUUUAUGAUACAAAUCUAACUAAUGCUCAACUUCUUGUUACUCGUGAUCCUGAUGGACGUCAUCAUAUUGGUCAAAUAACAUAUAAAAGUGAAGAACAUCUUGAUCAACAACAUUCAUGUCCUCAUCAUCAUUAUAAUCAACCAACUACUUUUACACCAAAAGUAAGAAGUGUUCGUGGUAGUGGAUAUUCAGCUCCAUCACCUAUGUUUACUAAACAAUCAUCACCGAGUACCGAUCAAGAUUAUUCAUCUUAUACACCAUCAUCUUCUAUAGACACUAAAACAACAGAUACAUUUACGAAUGAAAGUCAAUCAACUCAAUAUACUAAAACUGAUUUCAUUCUUCGACAACCAUCUCAAUCAAAACUUAACAUUGAUAAUUUUAAAGAAAAUCGACAAAGUCCAAUACCAAUUAUUAAUAAUUCCAAAUCAGGAUUUACAGAAUCAAUUAUUGAAAAUAUUGAUGGUUAUAUUACACCAAAUUUUGGUGAAUCUGAACAUGAUUUUGAUAUUAGUGAUAUUGAUGAUGUUAUGCGAAUUAAUCGUCAUGAUGAAGAUAUAACAAAUAUGGAUGAAGAUAGUUUAGAAAGUUCUGAAGGUGUUUUAGAAAUUAAAAAGAAAUCAUCAGCACCAUUACCACCACCACCACCUUCAAUAAAUUCAAUUAAAAAACCAAUUUUACCAAAAAUAAAAUCAGGUGGAAUUUGUACAGCACUUUAUUUAGCUCAAAAACAAAAACAAGCAUCGGCUUUUAAAAAACCACAAACAAUAUCAACAUAUUCACGCUCAAAUACAUUACCAAAUGUUGUUGAAGCUAUAAAAAUCGAAGAAAAAACAAUAAAAUCAUAUCGAAAACCAUCACCUGGUACACAACGAUCAAAAUCAACAGAUUUAUUAGAUAAAAAUCAACAUAAUGAUAUAUCAAAACUUGAUCGAGAUUCAGGUUUCGAUGAACAAGAUUUUCGUUGUGAACGUUUACAUUCAAGUUAUGAUGAUAAUUCAAGUUUCUCAUCUUUAAAAAGUGGACGUAAUUCCGUAGGUCGUUCAUUAUCAUCUGAUCUUAAUGGUCAAAUCUAUCGAGAAAAUAAAGCUUAUGAAUUACGUUUAAAAGCUCUUGAUUAUACACGAAUAUUAAAUGAACAAUCUGCACAUGAUCCAAGAUUAUAUAUUCGACGAAAUUUUAAUUAUGUAUCAACACGAACAAAUGAUAUAAGUCAACUAUCUACACAUAGAUACAAAAAAAAUACUCAAUUAAAUUUAUUUUCUAAAUACUAA